AUGACUAGCACACCUGCAAUUUAUGCAGGUUUUCGCACCAAGUUGGACGAAGAUGAGUACGUCGAAUUCAAGAUGCACCUGAAGAAUGCCUCUUAUGAGAUACCAAAGAGAACCGAAGGAGAUGUCAUUAUACGCCAAACGCAACCGUUGAGCCAGACCAUUUGUGCAUUUCUAAAUACGGACGGUGGUCGUCUAUAUAUUGGUAUUGAUGAUACCGGAAUGGUUCGUGGAGUCCCUCUGAACAACGACAUGAAAGAUCACUAUUUGGCAUCACUAAGCGAGUGCCUAUACCAUUUUGUCCCACCUGUUCCACCUGAGCUCAUUCAAGUGGGCUUCAUAAGAGUGCAUGAAAUAGGACGUCCUGAAAAAUGCCCAGAUCCUGAUUGGCCCACUGAGAAACCCGAUGACUACUAUGGUGCUUUCGCUGAGGAUGUAAAAUAUGUG